CAAUAAUUUAUUCCCAAACCCCACUCACCCAUCAUCAUCAUCAUCAUCAUUUUCAUCAAAGCUGAUCAGAUUUUCAUCUUGAUAAUCAAUGGCAGCUGAUUCCAUUGAAGAACUGGAACUUGAAGCUAUGAAAAUAGAUGAUUGUUCUUGGCAUCCUUGCCAAGUUUAUUUCAGCCCGAAUGGUGUCAGUCUUGUUAUAGAAUUUGAAAACAACGGUUUCCAAGACAUAUUGGUGAGUGAAAAAGAAGCACUAACGCGAAUUCGUGUUCGUUCUCUUCCACUCCAAGAUGAUGAUUGCACUCGUGUCAAACCAGGGGAGCAUGUUGUGGUCAAGCAAAACUCAGAAUCUGAAACCGGGUCAUUUGAUGCAGAGGUAGAAAAGGUGGUAAGAGUUAGACAUUCAAAGAGGGCAGAUUGUAGAUGUAGUUUUAUGAUUAAAUGGCUUCACCAAGAUCUCAAUGGUGGAAGCUUGACAGUUCCUUCUAGUCUAUUGUUGAGAUUGGCUAACAAAAGCAUCACUAAGCAUCCAACAAUUUCCGCAUUCAUAGAUGCAGUGUCUGCAGAACUGAAUGUUGUCAAUGACUUCGAUCUGGAUCUCCAUGAUUUGUUAGAGAAACAAAUAGAAGGAAUCAGAAACUCAGUUGAUGAUUCCAAAAAGAGAAUUAGUGAUGAGAUUUUUGGGUUAGAAGAUGAACAAGAAAUACAAAUGGAUAACUCUACGCCAAAUGGAAGAGAGCCUGAAACUGGAAUUCCUAUCGUGUCUCCUCUCAAUCCUUUUGCUGCUCGUGCAGCUCUUGCGUCUUUGAUGUCUAAGUUUCCUGAAAGCGUUGAAAUUUCCAUGGAAACUGAAGAUUUAUCCAAAAGUACAAAAUUAUCCUUGGAAACAGAAGCUGCUUCAAAAGCAGUUAAAAAAUCGAGAAAAUCACUCUUUUCUAUCACCAGCUCGUCAGAAGUACUGAAAAUUUCUUCUACAGUACUAGUAAACAAAAGAGGAAAAGGAGACAUUAAAGCAAAUAAGACGAUAACCAGGUUGACUCGUGCAAAAGUUCAGAAGGUAGGUGGCCUUUCUGAUGAUAAUAGUGAAAGAAGCACCCUAGUUGAAGACAAGAAACCAAGUAGUGUGACUAGCAGGAGGCUAACACGCUCAGUACUUGACAAGGAGGGAGAAAAACUAGCCACUGAGCCUACUACUGAAGUUACCAAGACUUCAAGCAAUGCGAGGAGGCUAACACGCUCGCUACUUGACAAGGAGGUAGAGACUUUAGAACCUACUACUGAAGUUACCAAGCCUACAAGCAACAUGCGGAGGCUAACACGCUCAGUACUUGAAAAGGAGAGAGACAACUUAGCUACUGACCCUACUACUGAAGUUACUAAGACCUCAAGCAAUGGAAGGAGGCUAACACGCUCAAUAUCUGGCAAGGAUGGAGAUAAUUCAGCUACUGAGCCUACUACUGAAGGUACUAACAGUUCAACCAAUGGAAGGAGGCUCACACGCUCAGUACUUGGCAAGGACAGAGAUAAUUCAGCUACUGAGCCUACUACUGAAGGUACUAACAGUUUAAGCAAUGCAAGGAGGCUAACACGCUCAGUACUUGACAAGGAGGGAGAUAAUCUAGCUACUGACCCUACUACUGAAGAUAUGAAGGCUUCAAUCAAUGUAGGGAGGCUAAGACGCUCAGUACUUAACAAGGAUGAACAACAUCUACCUGAUGGACCUACUACUGAAGACACUAAAAUUUCAAGCAAUAUAAGGAGGAUCACUCGUUCUGUGAUUCACCAGGAAGCUGCAAUUACAAAUACAGAAGCCGCCGCUAAAGCGUUAGGUGCUGAAGAACUUCCUACUGGGCAAAGGAACAAGAAGAGGAAUGCAGAUGGAGAUGUAACAAGCAAUGCUGGAAGCAGUCUUGGUUCUAAGAAGAAAUCCCUUGAUUUGAACAAGCAAUUGCGGUCAUCUCCAAGGUUUAAUCCUAAGUUUUGAUAAGAGAAAAAGUCCAAGUCUUGCGGGUUUAAUCCAUAUGGCACAAGAUUUUGGCUUGUUUGUAUUUAUGCAUUUUUGCUCCGGGUUCUCAUGUAAUACAGUACUAGAGGCUAAACUAAGAGCAGAUAAUGUUGUGAAUAAUAAUACAUAUAUCAAUUAUGGCUUCCUGGUGAUUAUCUCUA